GCGCCGCAAUCCGAUCGACGCGCCUUGUAUCUACUAGCUUACUCCGCUAGUACGCACGCCUCGCUUCACUUCACCGGAUCGAUCCAGCCGACAACCCACGCAAACAAACUAUGGCCGCCGCUCCUUCCCCCGCCGUCGCCGCCGUCAGCAGCGCGCCCUCGUCGGGGCUCCUGCCGCCGCGGCGCAGCGCCGUCCCGCUGCCGUCGAUGAGGAGCGCGGCGCCGGGCGGCAGGAUGGCGACGGUGGCGCGCGCGGUGGGCGACGUGGGGGCGGAGGGCAACACGUACCUCAUCGCCGGCGCCGUGGCCGUCGCGCUCGUCGGCACCGCCUUCCCCAUCUUCUUCUCCCGCAAGGACACGUGCCCCGAGUGCGACGGCGCCGGGUUCGUGCGCAAGUCCGGGUCGACGCUGCGGGCGAACGCGGCCAGGAAGGACCAGGCGCAGAUCGUCUGCGCAAACUGCAACGGCCUCGGCAAGCUCGGGCAGAUCGACAAGUAGCCCGAUCAAUCAACGUACAUACAUAUGUGCAUCGAUCCGCCGUCCCGUCGAUCGAUCGCUUCUUCGUCUUCCUCCUCUCGUCCUCCCCUGUUUCUUGCAGCUCCGUGGGACGCAGGAAUCCUACAGGAACUGAUCCAUAUAGAGAAGAUCGAGGUCCUGUAGAAUUCCCGGGUCCCGAACUGCGCAUCCUCCUCCACUGUGACUUUUGUUCGUUCUUUUAGCGCGUUGCGCCUGAUGUGUGAGGUCUUGUGUUAAUAACUGUGGCUAUGUGUAUAGAUAUAUGCUUUGUGUUA